GUUAAUGGACCCCCGUGGCGCAAUGGCGCAACGUCAGGGAAUAAACGCGGGUUUUCUCUAUAUCAGAGAGGUGUAGACUUCCUGCACACAAAUAUAUAUCAUUACCUUUAAUCCAGGCUAAAGGGGUUUAUCGUUUACAAUUUUUACGCAGACGCAUUUGGGUGAAAUUACGCACGGUUUUGGAUGAUGGAGCUGGUUAAAGUUGUAUUGGUUGUGCUGCUUCUGACAAAUGUUUACUGUCAAGAAAUGGAUGUUGACAACUGGAGGGACAGAGUCGGAGAGGACAAAUGGCCAAACUCUGGAGUGGUUCAAGAUAUGUUAGUGAGACUGACCAGAAAGCCAGGACCGCGCCAGUAUCUCGGACUCAUGGGGAAGAGAGAUUACGCAAAAACGCAGACAGCACGUAAACGACAUAAAUUCCAAACCUUCGUGGGUCUGAUGGGUAAAAGAAGCUUUGAGGAUCAAGGAGCCCAGUGAGCUGCACAGAUGAUUUGAAGAUCUACAUUUGUUUUCUUUGUUUCAUUUCUGAACAAAAAAUAUAUUUUGUUUAGUCAGUCAUUGUUUCAUUAAAAAUGUGACAUACAACAGUCGAUUGUGACACAGCUGCCAACGCUGAGAAGCUUCAGACCAACAGCGCCAUCUAGUGUUAAAAUAAAAUGAUGGAAAAUGCAUCACUGAAGCAAACCCAACAGUGAUAUUUGAAUGUAAAAACAGUGUUAUGUAAAAAUAAAAGUGUCCACACCAGUUUCCAUAACAAACCCGUCUCACUCCUCAAUAUCAUCACAGGUUUAUUAAGUGACUUUGUACAAUACAAAUGAAAAAUAAAAUUAAAAAUACAGAGAUGGAGUACAUAGCCAAAGCAAAUUGCGGUGUUGACUCUUCAUUUCCCACAGAUCGUUACCGCAGAGUGAUUGAAGUAUUGUUUUUCUUUUAAAGCGUCAAUGGACUGUCCUAUGUGAAAGUGUGUUUCUUGUUAAAACAGUGGACGCCGCUCUCAAGUCUCUGAGGAUUUUCUAAACAUACAAAAGAAGUUAUUACUUCAGCUGGCUCGGUAUAUAUAAAAAUAAACUAAAGUGAAAUAUAACACUUAUGACAUUAUAAAUGGUGGUCCAAGGCUAGUGGAAAUAGCUAAACACAGAGGAAAAAAGAAA